AUGCAAAAGGCUCCCGUGAUGAGGCCGCAAUCUAACCGUCAAGGUGUGGGUUCAGGACCAAGGGGAGACCUUUAUCUGGGCUGCUUAACAAAACAACAGCUGAUAAUGAUAUCUGUGGCUGUUGGACUCGUCGUCCUGGUGAUUAUCAUUACUAUCGCCUCUGUGCUCGCCACAAAGUCAGAUGCUCUUCCCUCGUUUUCUACUGGUGGAGACAUGCUGGACUUCCUGGUUCAGGCGGGUGAUAUCAGCAAACCUGACGGUCUGUUGGCUACCUGGUAUCACAGAGCUAAUAGCAAGGAGGAAAUGAACAAAGCUCUCACAAGUGAUGUUAUGAUCCUGGAGUCUGAUAUCACUCUGGAGGGUUAUGGAACACCCAGUGAGAAGCCUAUCCCUAUCAUGGCCCACCCCCCUGACAAGUAUAGUGACAACACACUGGACCAAUGGUUGGAUGCAGUGCUGGCCUCUAGAAAAGCCAUGAAGUUGGAUUUCAAGAAUCUGGGAUCAGUGGGUUUGUCAUUGGACCUGCUUAAUCACAAGAACACUAGCAAAGAAAUAAACCGGCCUGUGUGGGUUAAUGCAGACAUCCUCCAAGGUCCAAAUGUACCAGACUUCAUACCUCAAAUCAAUGGAACACGAUUUCUGCAGUUGGUUCAGGACAAGUUUCCAGAUGUGACUUUGUCUCCUGGAUGGCAGGUAUUAUAUGGUCCACCACUGUUAAUUGCAACCUACACCAGGAACAUGGUGGAGGACAUGUACAAUAUGAUCAAAGAUGUUCCCCAAAAGGUGACAUUCCCAGUCCAUGCUCUGUUGGUUCGCAGUGGCUGGCAGCACAUCAGCUGGCUCCUCAGACAGUCACCACGGUUCAGCCUGACGUUGUGGCAGGGCUCCAUUCACCCAAACAUCAAUGACUUGCUGUUCGUUCGAGAGAACAGCCACCCUGCCAGAGUCUAUUACGAUAUAUAUGAACCAACACUGUCUGCCUUCAAACAGGCUGCAAGGCAGCAGAUCUUUUUGAGGAGAUUCUAUCCUGGAGGAGACCUCAUGGACUUCCUCGAUCCAAAUCCCAACUCAGACUCCAGCUUCCUGUCCACAGUCACCCAACGCAACAGCCUGGCAAUCCAUUGGGUUAGAGUCACUGAUCGGACCUCCCUGUGGGCUCAGCUUUCAGGUGGUGAUAGUGGUAUGCUGGUGGUUCAGGUGGGCUUUGACAGUAACCGACCUGGAGUCCCUCUGGUAGAAGGUUCUGGAAAGAGCUCAGAGGCCCUCACACUGCAGGACCUCCUGCAGCUGCUUGGCCAGAGAGCUGAAGCCCCCUGGGGUGUCCACCUGCGUAUCCACUCUCAGCAACUUCUAGAAUCUUCUCUCAAACUGCUGCACUCAGCCUACAGCGAAGAGAAGCUUUACAGGCCGGUCUGGAUCAGCAGGGAAGCUUUACAGAGCACUGACAACACCGAGGAGUUUGUAUCCACAGUGGAGAGGCUGUUCCCGUACGUCACCCUCGUCAUGACACAGCAGAACUGGCCUGCUCUGUCUCAGAGGGUGGCUCUACAUCUGAACUCAGCAUCACUGCAAAAAGGACAGGAGGCGCUUCUAAUGGGAAUGAUGGAUAGAUAUGACCUUAUAGUGGAGGACACAUUAAGCAGUGCUGGAGCUUUCGCGAUCUUCAAAGACCUUAUGACUCGGCGUACAGGGAGAGCAAAAACACACCUGUAUGUGUUACCUGAUCAAUCGUAA